GUGCAUGUGUGAUUGUGCAUGUGUGAUUGGCUGUGUAUGUCCUAAAUAGGAUAUAGCAAGCAACAUGAAUCAAACAUGAACCUUUGUUUUCAGACACCCGGUUAAAUAAUAAAAUUGUUGAUUAUGUCAACGUAACCCAAAACAUUAAAUUAAAUUCUGCGUUUAAGGCAUACCCUAUAUUUGACUACUUAAUUACGUCACAAUAUUGUUAUCUACUCCAGAGGCAGUAAGAAUACAGGAAGUCAACUGUUACUGUGAAGGUUAAAUAGAGCCACAUAUAGAACCAUCUCCAAGAUGAAGCCUCCUACCCAGCAACAUGAAACAACAAAGAUAAUAUCCAAAUAAUGAUACUGUAUCGCAGGUCUCCAUAGAGAACCAUAUCCAAGAUGAAGCCUCCCACCAAGCAACAUGAAACAACAAAGAUAAUAUCCAAAGAAUGAUACUGUAUCGCAGGUCUCCAUAGAGAACAUAUUGGACAAUACUGAAGAUGAAAAUUAAGAUGAGCCGUAGUCCAGCAAUCGCCUCGUUUUAGAUUAAAUCUGCUGUAGAGUCACCAUUUACACAAGCACACGCAACGUAACAUGCAAGCCAAGGGGGCCCAUUGUAUAAUUUCCUACGAACGAAGAAACCGGAAGUGUGAUUGUUUUGUUCUGAAGAAGGUGUUAUGGCGGCGCCAGUGGAGGGAAUUUCAAAAUUGAGCAGAUCCUGCUAAAUAGAGUUAAUCUAACCUCAUGUAUUAACAGUGAAAACUACAAGAAAUGCGUGAGCUGUCAUUCGGGGCGCUUCCUCAUAACAGUAAGCGGAGAAUAAACGACAUGAUUGAAUUUGCAUAGCUUUAGUUAACGUUAGCUAGCUAAUUAGCCAAGAAAACCCUAUAACGUUAGCUGGCUAGUAGUACAACAAGUAAAGUUAGCUGGCUAACUGACUGGUGAACUUUCUAGCAUGUCUGCUGUCGUCGUUAGCUAGCUACCUGGCGGUGUGCUGAAAGCUCCCACUGAAUGGAAUCUAGCCAGAGAUCUAACGUUAGCUAGAUAACGUCACACCGUCAUAUCUGGUUGGAAAUGUAAAGUUAACGUUAUUCAACCUACACUACAGAUCCAACAAUGUAACAGAGCCUUCACCCAAAGAUAAAGACCCAGACUGGUGACCUAAGAUGACCAGAGUAGGUCCCCUGCAGCAGCGUCUUCUAGCAGGGUGCAGUGACCCAGACAUCUGGCUGGUCCCCCUGCCUGCCCCGGUGCCCCUGGUCCCCGCUAGCCUCCUGCGGUGCCCGGAACUGGACCUGUCUCUCCCCCUCAGCCCAGACCCGCCACGACCCAACCCGGCUAGCCUGCUGAGAGGACUCAGCCACCGGCAGGUGCGAUUUGUCUCCGAGGAGCCUGUGGUUGUCACAGUGAUAGCAGAGCCUAGCAAAGACCCUCCACCUUGGCAAUGCCCUGGACACUCCAGCAGUUACUCAAAGGGGAAAAGACUCCAUGGUGGAGAUCUGUGUUGGAGGGCAAGGUCAGCAACCAAUGAGGAGGCUCCCUGUGAGGAGAGGGGUGGCAGCCUCCCUGAAGGAGCGGAGUUAAAUACUACUCUGGCUCUGAGGGCUGAGCUAGAUAACGUGGCAGGGGCAGAGUUUAACUCCCAGAAGGCUGUGCAGGAGCAACUGCAGAAGUCAGACAGAACCAAGAACAGCAUCAGCGCCCGGGCUACAGAGGUGUAUGUCCUGUCUUUGUCUAUGGGGGUGAACGUCCCUCCAUCCCAGCACCUCUACAGGGCAUUGGUCAGUGUGAAUGUGGAGGAGGAGGAGCUUAUCAGCCAGGCUCUACGUGACAGGCUUCAGCUGGUCUCGCCCACAUGCAGCCAUGGCAACAAGAAAGAGGACAGUCCUGACCUGCAGGUUUUCUUCAGGGGGGAUCUGCUGAGAGAGAAGCCCCUCCUACCAGGGGAGGAGAUUACCAUACCACGCCCCCAGCCCAUCCCACGCCCCGCAGACACAACCUUCGACCUCUACCACAGACACACAUGCUGGGAGGCUGGACCCUGACACACACACACUUACUCUGAACCUCUAGACUGAAAGGCCCUGUCCCAAAACUUAAGAAGAGCAUUAUCCCUUCUUUCCCUCCCUACCUCUGUCAUUCUCAGAUAUAAAUAUGAUAUUUUAAACUAAUUUAAGAUAUUAAAGGAAUGAACCUGUA